AUGCACGCCAUUAACGCUUGGGACGAGGACGGCGGCAAUACGGUGGUGAUGGUGGCUCCGAACGUAUUAUCGGUGGAGCACACGUUUGAGAGGAUGAAUUUGAUCCAUGACUCGGUGGAGAAAGUGAAGAUUGAUCUCAAGACUGGGAUUGUGACGAGACAACCAUUGUCCACUAGGAAUCUAGACUUUGCAGUGAUCAAUCCGGCUUAUGUGGGGAAGAAGAACAGCUACACCCGGCUACAAAUUACAGAUUCAAUGAAAAAUUUUUUAGUCAUCAAAAUCCUCUCAUUGACUAUCGUCACCAUAUAUAUCCCUAUGAGUUUUGAGUAUGUAUACGCAGCAGCGAUGGGGGAUUCAACAGUAUUUAAGUUAUCAGGGGUGGUGAAGCUUGAUGUAUCACUAUCAGAAGAUGAUCGUCGUGACUGCAUAGUGGCUAGCCGGAUGUUCGGACCCGGCUGCUACGGCGGCGAGCCCUUCUUCGUGGCAAAGUCGCCAAGGAAUCCACAGGCCGAUGAGGACGACGGGUACGUAUUAGACUACGUACAUGAUGAGAACACAGGAGAGUCAAAGUUCUUGGUAAUGGCCGCCAAGUCGCCUGAUCUUGUGAGGGAAAGCGAACUGAAUAAGCUGUGA